AUGGAAACGAGGCGAAGUUUACGAGCAAAAAAACAAAACCCUGUAGAGAAGGAAAAUAAAAAUGGUAAUAUAAAAGGUAAUGAAAAAAAUAACAAAAAAAAAACAACCGAAAUAAUUAAUAGUGGAAUAAAUGUAAGUCGAAAAAAAGCGGAAGAAAACAAACCAAUUAAAAAUAAGAAUGUGAUAAAACCUCGGAUUGUUUUAAGAAAACAAACAAAUAGUAUUGACGCAGUUAAUUUUAGUGAAUAUGAUGAAAAGGAAAAAGUGUCAGAAUUAAAAAAUAAAAAUAACAAUAAAAUAAUCGACAAAUCUAUUAAAAGCAAUAAAAGUAAAGAUGAUAUUAAGGAAGCUGGGGAUGCAAAAAAAGAUCCAAAAACAGACCCCAAAAAAGGUAUUAUACAUUUUAACAAAAAUGGAAACAAUAAUUUGAAAGAAAAUCAAACAAUUAUAAAUAGAAGCAUUAAAAGGAGAUUAUCACAACUUUUAGAUCGACUCAAAAAAGAAAAAUUAUUUGAAUGUUUGAAUGAUAUUAGUGAUUAUUCUGAAAUAUUUAUUGAUAAUAAAGAAAAACAACGAAAUGAAAAAGAUGUAGAAACUGGAAAAUGUAUAGAUGCAUCUAUAAUAAAAAAAAUAAAUGUAGAUAUAAUUCAUAGUAAAUUACAUUAUGAAAUGUAUAAAGAUGAAAAUGAAUUUAAUAAUGAUAUAUUAUUAUUAUUUGACAAUGCUAUAAAUAUUAUAAAAUCUGAAAAAAACAAAAAAGAAAAAAUUAAUUUAUAUAAAAUGAGAAAAAAUGCAUUCAAAAAUUAUCAAACAGAGUUCCAUAAAUUGUUAAUUUCUACACGCGGAACAAAAGAAGCGAAAAAUAUUUUAUUGUCUUUUAACGAAUAUUAUGAAAAAGAUGAAAAAUAUUUUUCUAAAAUAUUUGAAAAUGGUGAUGAGAAAAUAAAUAACGAAGUAAAUGUUAUGGAUAAUAUUUCUGAUAUUGUAAAAAUAAAAGAAAAAGAUAAUAUCGAUUAUAUUAAAGAUGGUUCAAAUAAAAAAAGAUCGUCUUUUCUUCGGCUAAAAUUGAAAUUAGAUAAUAUAAAAAUAGAAGAAUUAAAUAAUGUUGAAACGGAUAAUAAACAUUCUGCACAUCUGACUUUAAAACAAAAAGAAAAGGAAUCAAUACACAUUGAUGAACUUGAAGUGGAAAAAGAUAUUAAAAAUAAUGAUAAAAAUAGAGAAGAAAAAUGUAAUAAUGUUAACUCAAAUCUUGUAAUAAAAAAAACAGUCCAUAAUCAAAUAAAUAAAAGUGAAAAUAAACGAAUAAUAAAUCAAUGGGAAAAUAUAUUAAAAAAUAAUAUAUUAAAAAUUUUAAAAAAUGAUAGUAAUUCUGUUUAUUUUAAAAUACCAGUAUUAAAUGAUAGAAAUAUAAAUGAACAAAUUAAAAAAGAAUAUAAACUAAAAAUAGAAAAACCAAUGGAUUAUACUACUGUUUCUAAUAAUUUAUUAAAUGGAAUUUAUAAAAAUCCUAAUGAAAUAUAUAAUGAUAUAAAACUUAUAUUUAAAAAUUGUUUAGAUUUUAAUCCAGAUAUAACACCAAAUAAAUAUAUUAUUAACGCAGCAAAAAAUAGUGAUGAUAAAUUUGAAAAUUUAUGGAAUAAAUGGAAAAAUAAAAUAUAUGAUAGUUAUUAUGAUAUGAAUAAUAAAAUUUUUAAUAUUAAUAAUUAUGUUGAUUAUUUUAAAAAAAAAAAAAUAAAAAAUAAAAAAUAUACUAGUAUUUAUUCCAUAUGGAUAAAUUAUUUAAUUAAUAAUAAAAUUGAUAUUAUUGAAUUUUGUAAAAUAAGAAAUAUAGAUAUUCAUAAAUUAAAUGAAAAUACUACAUGCCCAAUUAAUAUAGAAAAACUUAACUUAAUUGAUUUUAAAAAUACAACAGAAGAAAAUAACUUAUGUUUCUUUAUUUUUAAGGAAGAAUAUAAAAAUAUAUAUGGAAAAAAUCCACCAUCUUGUUUUAUGAAAAAUGUAGAUGAUAAAGAAAAAUGUAAUUAUGAAUAUAUAGACAAUUGUGAAGAAAAAUUGAAACGGGAAGCUGAAAAUAAAAAAAUAAAAAUAUCCUUAAAAAGUAAUUUAAAAGAAAGAACUGAUUUUCCUGAUGAAAUUAAAAAAAAAAAACAGAUAUAUCCUAAAAUUUUAAACAAAUGGAAAGAAAUAUAUAAUAAUGUUAUUUAUUUUUAUGAAAAUAUAUUUGAUAACUAUUUAGAAAAUAAAAAAAGUUAUAUGAUAAAAUGUGAAAAUAACACAUUUUUAACUAACUGUUUUUAUUUUAAAAAUGUUUUAGAAAACUUAGAAGAAUUUAUAAAUAUUCCAGAAAUAGAUGGUAAAACUGAUAUUAAAUGUAAUGAUAAAAUAAAAGAUUCAUUUGGAAAUACAUAUAUUAAAGAAAUAAAUGAUGUUGGAUUAGUGGAAAAUGAUGUUCGAUUAAAUGCUUGUGAAGAUGUAGUGAAUAUUCAAAAUGUUAAAGUGACUAUAGAACGUAAUAAAAGAAAGUUUGAAAAGCACCCUUGUAUAUCUAUAAGUUUGAAAAGAAAGAAAAGUAAGGAAAUGCAUAUUCCUAUUUGUCAAGAAUUUCAAACGGGUUCUGAUUCCACUGAUUUUGGAGAAGGCGAGAAAUUGACGGAAUUAAAUAAAAGUGAUAAAAUGGACGAAUUAAAUAAAAGUGAUAAAAUGGACGAAUUAAAUAAAAGUGAUAAAAUGGUGGAGUCAGUUUUAUUUAAUAUUAAUAAUAGAAACUUUUACAACUUUCAUGGGCUAUUUGAUAAAAUGUCAAAUUUUAACGAAAAAUUGUUUUUAAAAAAAGAGAAAACAAUUUUAAUAAAUUUAAAUUUAAAUUAUAGCGCAAUAGAUAGCCCAUCCUAUUCCCCUAUCAAUAAUACAUACUUUUAUAAUUACAAUUUUGACAAUAAUUUUUUUUUUUUUAUAAAAUCUAGUUUUAAGUUAAACCUAUAUAUAAAAAUUAAGAGAAAAAAUAUUUAUAUAAAUAAUGAAAAUUAUGUAGAACAUUUAAAAAUACAAUUAAUAAAUAAAUGCAAACAAAAUAAACAAAUUAAAUUAUAUAUAUCCAACAAUUCACCAACUAGAAAUAACAAUAAUUUAAUAUAUUUUUUAGAAAAAGCUUUUAACGAUUUCCACACACAAAACCUCCCUAACAAUUCGAUGAGAGUACAUUAUUCUGCAAAUAAAGUUUCGGAACUCAUUUCCCAAAUUCAAAUGUACAUAAAAAAAAUCGAUGCACUUCUAAGGAUAGACAAUGAUAAAGAGACAAAUAUAACGACUAUAAACAUUUUGAAAAAAAAGACGUUUUAA